CCAAGCCGCUGAGGGAGGGGGGCUUCGGGGGAGGGGGCCCAGGGGAGCGCGCCCGGCGGAGGGUGUGCGUGCGCGUGCGCCCGGGCGCGUGGUCCCCGUGUGUGCGCGCGCGCGCGUGUGUGUAUGCCCGGGCGCUCCCGGUGCGCGCGCGGAUGCUCUGGCGCGCGUGCCAUCGGAGCCCAGCAGCUGGGUACCGCCGGCGCUGCUGCGCUCGGCGCGGACAGCGGCUGGACGCGGGGCACCGGGGCUCGUCCGUGUCCGCACCGCCCUGCGUCUCCCCGCCGGGACCCGCCUGCGCCCGCACCGCAGCCCCGGAGCAGCCCGCGCGGCCCCUGCGUGCCUUCCGCGGGGAAGGCGUGGGCGUCCGCCGCGGACAGCCCGCUGCGGGUCGCGGCCACCGCGCGGUCCCUCGGCCUGGCCCUGCUGCAGGAGGCCUAGUUGCGUCACCGCCCUGUCCUCCGCCCUCCGUCUGCUCGGCGUGGUUCUCUGGCCCCGCUAGAGGAGCUCCCGAAAUAUCUUUGUCGUUAUUUAAACAAACAGUUGCGUGCUUGCUGUUUGGGAAGCAGAGGAAUAAGAGUGGAAAUGGGCAUGAACUUUGGAGUCAGGUCUGCCGUUGGCCGUCUGUGUUACAUUCACAUUGUCCAGAUGUGAACCGAGAUUUGGCCUUUUCACCCAGAGAAAAAGGAAAGGCUCAUGGGCACACAGUGCUGGGAUCGUGGGCACACAGUGCUGGGAUCGUGGGCACACAGUGCUGGGAUCGUGGGCACACAUGCCGUGUCGCCUGCACCGCAAGCUCGUUGGCUCUGGCCUUGGUUGAUUCAGCCGCUCGGCAGCGUCCCAGCCAGGCUUCCAGUCUGCCACCUCAGCACAUCGCCUGUCCACCGCAAGGGACCUUCAUUACAGGAAACCCAGACAGCUUGUUGUGUGUUCUUGGCCAGAACUGUCACUUGUAUCACUGGCAAGAAAAACGGAGUGGCCGAGACGAGGUUAUUAGAGGAAUUGCAAUCCCCCCUCUGGGUCUGGGGAGGGAGUCUGGCCUCAGGAAAGUGGACAGAACCAGGACUGUCUCAGAAAGAAAGGCUUAGUUUUAGGGCAGGUGGUCAGCAAUACUUCCCACUCAGGCAUGUUGUUUCCCAAAGCUAAAAUUGUUCUCUAUUUGCAGUUUCGUGUUCUGUUCACUUAUUAUGAUUUAAACAUUUUCCAUGGCAUUAACUCUGUCAAUACCACUUUUCUGUGUUGUGUAAUGCAUGAUUGUUCCAGAAUCUACAUGACCAUGCCUCCAGUUGUAGACAUUAGAGCUGUUUUCAGGUUUUUCCCUGUUGUAAACAAUAUCGUAGCAAACAUAACUUUUCAUACGAGAUUUCAGAUUCUCUUCCUCAAGGUAGAUUUUUAUGAUUUUAUUAUUAUGGUUAUUAAUAACAACUAGUAAUAGGAUUACAUUUUUUUCAAGUAGGUUCCAUGCCCAGCAUGGAGCCCAACACAGGGCUCAAACUCAUGACCCUGAGAUCAAAACCUGAGCUGAGACCAAGACUUGGACCCUCCACUGACUGAGCCACCCAGGUGCCCCUACGAUUAUAUUAUUAAUGAUAAUUGUUGUCAACUAUUAACUGAGGUUAUGGACAUUUAAGACAUUUGAUGCACAACGUCAGGUCACCUUAUAAAACAGUGGAGCCUGUCAUUGGUCCUACCUCCAGUGAAGUGAAGUGCCUGUUCUCCUCCUCUCCCCACCGUCUCCUUCCCCCGCCUCGGCUUUGCUCCCAUCGUUGGUAUAUACUUGCUCUACAGACAGUUGUUGACCAGCUUCUAUCGCCAGAGCCCUGAGCUGGGUCACGGGGCUGUAAGACUCGCAGUGCUCGGGAGAGACAGACACUAUGAGUAAUCGAAUGGUCAGCUAGUGACAACAACCAUGAGGAAGGCUUGCCUAGGUUAUGGCUAGUGUAGUUUAUAUGCCUUCUGCCCUCGGGUAGGGACAGGACUUGAGGAGAAAACAGGGUUGACUUGGCUUUUUCAAAGCUGCAAGAAUGCUCUGUGGCUGUGGGACAAACAGAAUGGAAGGUGAGUUUUGUGAAGUCUGAUUAAAGGAGGCUUGGUCAGGAAGUGGGGGCAUAACUGCAGACCUCGUUAGGACCUUGGGCCUUUAUCCAAAGACCAGUGGGUAGCCAUAAAGGGUUUAAAGAAGGGAGAUGGCAAUGACCUAAUCAUAUCUGAGAACAUUUUGGAUAGGGCCAGAGUGGAUUCCUAGAAUCCAAGAUUAGAUUGUGAAGGUAAGCAUGGAGUCCCCAACUAGCACUGAGUAAUCUCAUUUUUUAUUACCAAUGUUAUGAAUGAAGACAUAGAUCAUACUACAUUUUCAUGUCGUUAGUUAUUAGUACGAUUGAGUAUUUUCCCAGGUGUUUGACAGGCAUUUGUACUUGUGAGUGUGUGAGAUACUUUUUUUUGAAUAUAGUUUUCAUGGGGACAGCUUAGUGUCGUGGCCAAGAGCACCUGGUUUGGAGCCAGAAUGCCUGAGUCUGAAGCCGGGCUCUGGCACCUGCUGACUGUUACCUUGAACGACCUCUGUAGCUUUGGUCGGCCUCAGUUUCCUCUUCUGCAACAUGGGGACAGCAGUAGUGUCUGUCGUAGGUGAUUGUGGGGAUUCAAGGCUACAGCGCAGUGCUGGCCCGCGUGAGCCCUGCGUCUGUAUGCGCUACGUUGUUUAAGUAGCCGACGGACGUACAGAGAUACUCAGGAGCUCUGUCUUGCAUCUGUGUUGCAAUAGUGGUUCCCUCCCUGUUUUCAUUUUUUUUACUAACAUAUUUUUAAACUUAUUUUCAAACGGUGUCAUAUUUUUUGAAGUACAAAACUUAUCUGCAGCAAACAGAUGUCCUUCUCCUUUCUGGUAUCUUUCAUUGCUGUGAAAUAAGUCAUAUAUACUGACUUUGUUUUUUAGUGUUUUUAUUUAAAAUACAGAUAAUCCUUUAAUCCAUUUGUAAUUUAUGCUAGCUUAUUGAUAUAAGGCAAGACUGUAAAUAGAUUUUUUUCCCCAGAAAAGCCAACGAAUUGGCUGAGCUCCAUGUUUUGACAUACCCUUCUUCCACUCACUGCUGCUUUUGGCUUCCUGUCGAGCACUGGACCCGUACACACACUGAGGUCUAUUUAGGGCAUGUGGCUCUGCUGUCAGUCUGUAGCUCCGUUCUUGUAUGAUACCAGUGCUGCCAUGGAUUCCUUAGAUAUCCACUCCUUACCGCUCUAACCUCAUUAGAAUUUGCAGUGAACUGUUAUUCAGUUUGACUCUCGUUGGCAUGCAGAACUGUUCCACCGUCACAUGCAGGGUUGGUGUAUCCUUCUGUUUAAGACAUAUAUCCUUCAGCAGGGUUUUAUACUUUUCCACAUGGAGGCUGUUAACAUUCCUUGAGAUUAUUCCUAGAUGUUUCUCCCUCCUUUUUAAAAUUUAUUUGCUGUUAAGAAUAUAGUAUUUUUAUGCUACAUGUAAGGAGGAAGUUGUGUUUUGUAUAUUUUUCUUAUAUCCAGCCAUGUUCUUUGCCAUUGGUUUCUAAGAGUUUUUCAUUCUGCGAUCAAUUAGAGUUUUGGUUUUAUCUGCACAUAAUGUUUUUUCUUUACUUUUAAGUUUAUCUCCUAUUUCUGUUUUCCAUUAUAUGCUAGAAUUUCCAAAAAAUGUUUAAUACCAUAUUUCUUUCACUCUAAGACUGAUUAGCAUAGAGCACGCUACUGGUUCAGAAUAGCUUUCGAGGACUACCAUAUGAAGUGUACCACGCAUUGUAAUUCACAUGACAGUAUCAGAAAUGUUAGGGUGCGUCUCGGAAUUGAAGAAAUAAGGUAAUAGUAGUAAUGGUGGCCCUCCUUAGUUUCUCCUUUUACUGGGAAUGCCCGACCCAUUUUAAAUAUGAUAUUGGCUGUUGCUUUAUUGUUAUAUGUUUUCGAGUGAAACGAGAGUCUAAUUCUGCCGGACAGUAGUGAGAAAGGUGUACUGUCUGGUCUAACCAACAGGUGGAGACGGGGCUGUGCGCGCGUCCCUUCUGACGCGCACAUCCCUGGCUGCAGAGCAGGGUCUCUGCUCGUUUGCACUCGGAGCUCCCUGGUUGGCCCUGACCAUCAAGGAUGGUGUCUUCGCUUCCCAGAGCUGCAAAUUUGGUGGCUCAAAACAACAGAGGUCUGGAGGCCAAAGAUCUGAAAGCCGUGUCCUCGGGCUGAAGUCACGGUGUGAGAGGGUGGGCUCCCCGCAGGGGCUGUCGGGGAGAAGCUCUUCCUCUUCCCAGGGGCUGCCCUCAUUGCUUACCUUGUGGCAGCGUCACUCCCGUCUCCAAGGUCGGCCUCUUCAGACCUCUCUGCACUUGCCUUCUCCUCAGUGUGGUUGGGGACGUUUGGGAAA